AUGGAGGUUUACACCACAUCAUUUACUUACCCCCGCCGCUCACGACCCGCUCAUUCACCCACCAACUCUCUUGAAUUCCCCGCCGCGAACGAACUCAGGCGCGCCGGGUCGUAUUCGUCCCUUCAACAGUACUCCCCCAACAAUAAUUAUCCCGAUGCGCAGGCGACUGUGUCCUCACCGAACUAUGAAGAGGUACAAAAGCUUGCCAUGAUAGCCAUGAGUCUCCACGGCGUGCAUGUCUCCUUCGCUUCCGCAGACCAGGGCCGCGCGUGGAACUUCCAGAUCUCAGGGGUGUACCAGCAGGUCAUGGUAGCUAGGGGACUCAUUCUCAAGGACUGUCCUACCCAAAAUCGCGCCAGCAUCAAGUUGGCGCGCUCUGACAUCCUCGACUCGAUCGCUUCGAAGCCGGCCUUGAAGCCAGAAGUGCGUCGGCGCCUGGACGACAUCGCCUCCCAGACACUCGCCCACAUUGCGGUUGUGCAAAGUGCUCUCCCGCUGUCUACGCGUACUCUGCCCGACGGAAUCAGUAAUAGCGCUGGGUGGUCUGGCCUGGAGACGGAGCGUAUCUGCGAGCUGGUGAUCACAGGCAAUGGCGACUCUGUCGACCUGGCUCGCGUCCGGCUGCUGGUGAUGCUGGACGAGCUGAGCGGUCUGCACGCCGAAGCUUGCGAGAUUGAGCGCUCGUUUCACGCUGUCGUUGCGGGUAGGAAGCGCUCCGUGCUUCAGUCCAUCCAGGAGGAGACCGCGACGAACAUCUAUCUACCUUCCCCGUUGCAGGGCAUGAUUGGCCCCGACUUCGGGCAACCCCGCGCCAAUGCGUCGCCAUCUGUGCAAAUUGCUAAACUGAACGCUAACACCAUCUGGAUCACUGGAGAGUUCUUCGGCGUCCAGCGGGCGCGUGACAUGCUCGUUCAAGUGGCAAUGACCAAGAGCAAGCAGAUCUUGUCGAAGGAUAGUGCUAUGCUGCCCCGUAAAAUGGAUUGGAUGAUCACGGAGCGCGCCGAUGAUCUCAAAGCACUCAUGCACGACAACGCUACCUACAUCGAGUUCCCAGCCGUUGGUAGCGCCAACAGUCUUAUGACCGUGUAUGGCGACCACAGGGUGAACAUUCAGAGGACUAUUCGAGCUGUCAUGCAGCUGGCUUGUCAAUUCUAUGUCGCGUCUCUGUGGCUGCUCCCUGCUCAGUUCAACGUCUUGAUGCCCUCGGCUACGUUGAACCCGACGCAGGUCACGACGAUCCUUCAGUCGAUAUCCUUCGCAUCUGGCGCGGAAGUCAUUUUCAAGGGUAUGUGCUUCGAGAUGCACGGUCUAGAGCACGAAGUGAGGGCAGCGGUCACCAUGCUCCUCGACCUCGAAAUCGUCAAGCAAUUCCACCAUGAGAUUCGAUUCCAGAUCGAGUUGGCCAACGAGCACCGCGAGUUUAUCAGUGGCAAGAAGAACGGUAAAAUCAAUAAGAUCAUGCAGACUACGAACGUCAAGAUCAAGUUCGAGACCCUCAACGAGCACAACUUCCUCAUCGACAUCUCGGGCAACGACGCAUCAGUCUUGCAGGGCUUAACCUUGCUGCAGGAGGAAUUGCCCGCCGAAAUAUCCUUCCACGUCCCAGAGUCGUACCACAAGCGCAUCAUUGGUGUCGGAGGUCGCAGCAUUCAGCGUAUCAUGAAGAAGUAUGGUGUGUACGUGAAGUUCUCAAACGCGGAGGAGUUCGCGGCCACCGGCGGUUACAACGACAACGAGGACAACGUCAUUGCGAGGACCCCGGCGAAGAAUGCCAUGAAUUUAGAGAACCUCAAGCAGUCCGUCAUGGAACUCGUAAAUCCGAAGGACAAGGAUUAUAUUAACGAGACAGUCUCCAUUCAUCGCAAGUAUCAUCGUACGCUGCUUGGCGAGAAGAGUAUCUUCAUCCGUGACAUUGAGGCGAAGACGAACUCCCAAAUCCGGUUCCCGGACAAGGAGACUGCAUCGGAUCUUGUUACGAUAUUCGGGCCAGAGUCUCAGGUCCAUAUCGCCGCAACUAUGCUGCUCGACCAUGUACCGUUCGAGGCCGAUAUGGCUGUGCCUGCUCACCCCGAACUUGCUCGCAUCUGCGCUUCCCCUGACUUCGCCGCUUUCACCGACCAAGUCAAGCUCGAGCUGCAAGUGGUCAUUUCGCCCAACGUGAAGGUUCCUUCUCCUGGACCGGGCGUGGAUGCGCCGUCCGAUUGCUCCUUCAAGUUCAGAUGCCAACGAAGCAACAGCGACUUCUUGGUUACUGCCCGCGAGAUGCUCGAACAAUUCUUGAUUAGCCAUAACGCCCAUGUCUAUCCGUCUGCGACGUCCCGCACUCACCAGCGCACCGACUCUUUCACGGACGCAUUCCCGCACUUCGACAGCAAGGUUCUAUCUACGGCAAGGACUCGUCACCAAAAUUCGGCCGAUCUUGGACGUCCUUCCGAGGCUAUGAUUGACAGGCGUCUGCGUCUUGCGAGCUCAUCGCCAGAUGUCAAGGCCCUCUUCCACAACAACACUCAUCACUCCCCGGCGCCUUCAUACAUCUACCAUUUGGAAGAAGAAGACGAUUAUGAGACGCAGACGAACUACAUUCCAGCCCACGCUAACGAUUACUGGACCCCUCUGCCUCCGAUUGGCUCCGGCGUACCUUCUCGUGCUCGAGGCGAGGAUUCUCUCAAGCGUGGCUCUGACUCCUUGCUAGAGGCCAAGCUCAAAGACCAGCUGGCGAAGCCUAGGUCGCUCACGAACCGCGCUCAGUCCCUCGACCUAACCUACUCACUGACACGCAUCAACGAGGUCCCUCGCUCCUCAGGUCUGUCGCGCCCCGACUCCCCGGAGACGGGCACGGGCACUGGCACAGGCACCGGUGGAAGUUCUAGCCCAAUCUCCGCAACUGUGCCGUUGUUCCCCAGCGUGUAUGGCCCGCCUUCGGGCUCGCGUGGCGCUGUGGUGGGCAACAGCGAGCACUCCAUGAACCGCGGCGCGCUCGGCAUGGAUCAGGAAAGCAUGGACGAGGUGACGAGGGUCAUCUCCAACCUCGGUCUCUAA